AUGAAUUUUGAUGAAAUGAAGGUCUUUGGAGCAGCUGCUCCAUUUCUCCGGAAAUCUAUGAAAGAACAAAUUGAAGCCCAGAACAGGCCCUUCGAAGCCAAAACUGCUUGUUAUGUGAGUGACCCUAAGCUGAUAUUUGUAAAAGGAAAAAUUAAGAACCAAGAUAGUACCAAGGUUGAAGUGGAGAGAGCAGAUGGGAAGACAGUUGUUGUGAAACCCAAUGAUAUCUUUCCAAGGAAUCCCCCAAAAUUUGACAAAAUUGAGGAUAUGGCUAUGAUGACCCACCUGAAUGAAGCAUGUGUGCUGUUUAACCUCAAAGACCGUUAUGCAGCCUGGAUGAUCUAUACAUACUCUGGGUUGUUCUGUGUCGCCAUAAACCCCUACAAGAAGUUACCAGUGUAUGGCCCUGAGGUUGUGGCUGCCUAUAAAGGGAAGAAAAGACAGGAGGCUCCUCCUCACAUCUUCUCAAUUUCUGACAAUGCCUAUCAGUCCAUGUUAACAGACCGUGAAAACCAAUCUAUCCUAAUCACUGGAGAAUCAGGUGCUGGGAAGACUGUUAACACAAAAUAUGUCAUCCAGUACUUUGCAACAAUUGCAGCUAUUGGUGACGUAUGCAAGAAGAAAGCUGAAACAGCUAAAUCAAAAGGAACCCUGGAGGAUCAAAUCAUCCAGGCUAACCCAUUGCUGGAAGCCUUUGGUAAUGCGAAGACAAUACGAAAUGACAACUCAUCUCGUUUUGGAAAAUUUAUCAGAAUCCAUUUUGGACCCUCAGCAAGACUGGCUUCAGCAGACAUUGAAACAUAUUUGUUGGAAAAAUCCAGAGUGACAUUCCAGCAACAAAGCGAAAGAAGCUAUCACAUUUUUUACCAGAUUACAUCCAACAAAAAACCAGAAAUUAUUGAAAUGCUUCUGAUUAGCACAAAUCCCUUUGAUUAUCCUUACAUCAGUCAAGGUGAUGUCACAGUUCCAAGUAUUGAUGACAAAGAAGAGUUAUUAGCUACUGAUCAAGCUAUUGAUAUCUUGGGUUUCACCACUGAUGAGAAAAACAGCAUCUACAAAAUAACUGGUGCCACAAUGCACCACGGUAAUAUGAGGUUCAAGCAGAAACAAAGGGAAGAACAAGCCGAGCCUGAUAGCACAGAAGUUGCUGACAAAGUUGCUUACCUCCUGGGCCUAAACUCAGCAGAUUUGCUCAAAGCAUUAUGCAUGCCAAGAGUGAAGGUUGGCAAUGAGUUUGUUACCAAAGGCCAGACUGUACAACAGGUAUACUCUGCAGUGGGUGCUCUGACAAAGUCAGUAUAUGAGAGGUUAUUCCUAUGGAUGGUGCAACGAAUUAAUCACCAAUUAGAUACAAAGCUAGCCAGACAACAUUUCAUUGGUGUUUUAGAUAUCGCGGGCUUUGAAAUUUUUGAGUUCAACAGCCUGGAACAGCUUUGUAUCAACUUCACGAAUGAAAGACUGCAACAGUUCUUCAAUCACCACAUGUUUGUUUUAGAACAAGAGGAAUAUACGAAGGAAGGAAUUGAAUGGAAAUUCAUUGAUUUUGGCAUGGAUCUGGCGGCUUGCAUUGAGCUCAUUGAAAAACCCUUGGGCAUCUUCUCAAUCCUUGAGGAGGAAUGCAUGUUCCCCAAAGCCACAGAUAUGACCUUCAAGAACAAAUUGUAUGAUCAGCAUUUGGGAAAAUCAGUAAAUUUCCAGAAACCUAGGCAUAUUAAAGGAAAGACUGAAGCUCACUUCUCCUUGAUCCAUUAUGCUGGCAUUGUUGACUACAAUAUUAAUGCAUGGCUGGACAAGAAUAAGGACCCUCUGAAUGAAACUGUAAUUGGAUUGUACCAGAAAUCUUCAUUGAAGGUUCUAGUACACCUGUAUACUUCUUAUGGAUUAGCUGCAGAAUUUGAAAAGGGUACAGGAAAGAAAGGAUCCAAGAGGAAGGGUUCGUCGUUCCAAACAGUGUCUGCACUUUUUAGGGAGAAUCUGAACAAACUGAUGUCUACCUUGCGAAGCACACAUCCCCAUUUUGUGCGUUGCAUUUUUCCAAAUGAAACAAAAACUCCAGGUGAAAUUGACAAUCCACUGGUCAUACACCAGCUGAGGUGUAACGGAGUGCUCGAGGGUAUCAGAAUCUGUAGAAAGGGGUACCCAAGCAGAAUACUCUAUGCAGAUUUCAAACAAAGGUACAGAGUACUCAAUCCAAGUGCUAUACCAGAGGGUCACUUUAUUGAUAGCAAGAAGGCUUCUGAGAAACUCCUAGCCUCCAUUAAUAUUGAUCAAAGCCAAUACACAUUUGGGCACACGAAGGUGUUCUUCAAAGCUGGUGUCCUGGGUAGUUUGGAAGAGAUGAGAGAUGAAAGGUUGGCCAUACUUAUCACCCGCACCCAAGCUGUAUGUCGUGGCUUCUUAAUGCGUGUAGAAUUUAAGAGGAUGAACCAAAGAAGGGAAGCUAUCUACACUAUCCAGUAUAACAUCCGUUCAUUCAUGAAUGUCAAACACUGGCCGUGGAUGAAAAUGUUUUUCAAGAUCAAGCCUCUUCUGAAGAGUGCACAAGCUGAAAAGGACAUGCAAAACAUGAAGGAGGAGAUCAAGAAGCUCAAUGAAGCUUUUUCCAAAUCUGAAGCAAGAAGAAAAGAGUUAGAAGAAAACAUGGUUAGCCUUCUGCAGCAAAAGAAUGACCUACAAAUGCAAGUACAAGCGGAAAUUGAAAGUUUAGCAGACGCUGAAGAAAGAUGUGACCAGCUGAUCAAAAACAAAAUUCAACUUGAAGCUAAGGUCAAAGAGGCAAACGAGAGGCUCGAGGACGAAGAGGAGAUAAAUGCUGAGAUUACAGCCAAGAAAAGGAAGCUUGAAGAUGAGUCUGCACAGCUGAAGAUAGAAAUUGAUGACUUGCAGCUCUCAUUAGCUAAAGUAGAAAAGGAUUUACAUGCCACCGAAAACAAAGUUAAGAACCUAACAGAAGAACUUUCAGCCCAUGAGGAAUCAAUUGUUAAGUUGACAAAAGAGAAGAAAGCCUUGCAAGAGGCCCACCAACAGAUCUUAGAUGAUCUCCAAGCCGAAGAAGACAAAGUCAACAGUCUGACCAAAACAAAGGCGAAACUGGAGCAACAAAUUGACGAUCUUGAAGGGUCUCUGGAGCAAGAGAAAAGGCUUCGCUUGGACCUUGAAAGAAGCAAGAGAAAACUGGAAAGUGAUCUGAAACUUGCUCAGGAUUCCCUAAUGGAUUUGGAAAAUGACAAACAGCAAAUGGAAGAACGAUUUAAAAAGAAAGAAUUUGAAAUCAACCAACUUCAAAGCAAAAUCGAAGAUGAACAAAACCUAACCAUUCAGUUGCAAAAGAAAAUAAAAGAACUUCAGGCUCAUGUUGAAGAUCUUGAGGAGGAGAUUGAAGCUGAACGUACAGCUCGUGCUAAAAUUGAGAAGCAGAGUUCUGACUAUGCCCGCGAACUGGAGGAAAUCAGUGACAGACUGGAAGAGGCAGGCGGCGCAUCAGCUGCACAGAUCGAAAUGAACAAGAAACGGGAAGCAGAGUUUCAGAAACUACGCCGCGAGCUGCAAGAAGCAACCCUCCAGCAUGAAGCCACAGCUGCUGCUCUUCGCAAGAAACAGGCUGAUAGUGUGGCUGAACUUGGGGAACAAAUCGACAACCUGCAACGUGUGAAACAGAAGCUGGAGAAGGAAAAGAGUGAGCUGAAGAUGGAGAUUGAUGACCUGGCCAGCAACGUAGAAUCUGUGUCUAGGUCAAAAGCCAACCUUGAAAAAACAUGUCGAGUCCAGGAGGAUCAGGUAAAUGAACUGAAGGCAAAGAAUAAUGAAUAUUCACGUUCCAUCAAUGAUAUGAUGGCUCAAACAUCACGGUUAAGCACGGAAAAUGGUGAAAUGUCCAGACAACUGGACGAAAAGGAAAAUAUGAUAUCCCAACUUACCAGGAAUAAGCAGGGAUUUAUUCAUCAAGUGGAAGAACUGAAGAGGCAACUUGAAGAAGAAACUAAGGCUAAGAACGCCUUGGCACAUGCCCUACAAUCUUCCCGCCAUGACUGUGAUUUGCUCCGUGAACAAUAUGAAGAGGAACAGGAGGCAAAGGCCGAGCUCCAGCGCGGCAUGUCCAAGGCCAAUAGUGAAGUUGCUCAGUGGAGAACAAAAUACGAAACUGAUGCAAUCCAGCGCACAGAGGAACUGGAAGAGGCCAAGAAGAAACUAGCCCAACGACUGCAGGACGCAGAGGAGCAAGUUGAGGCAGCCAAUGCCAAAUGCGCUUCACUGGAAAAGACAAAACUGCGUUUGCAAGGAGAGGUGGAAGAUCUAAUGAUCGAUGUGGAGAGAGCUAAUGCUGCUGCUGCUGCUCUUGACAAAAAACAGAGAAACUUUGACAAGAUCUUGGCAGAAUGGAAACAAAAGUAUGAGGAAUGCCAGGCUGAGCUGGAGGCAGUGCAGAAAGAGUCUCGGUCUCUCAGCACUGAGUUGUUCAAGAUGAAGAAUGCUUAUGAGGAAUCUUUGGAUCAUCUUGAAACUCUGAAGAGAGAGAAUAAGAACCUGCAACAGGAGAUUUCUGACCUCACUGAACAAGUUGGUGAAUGUGGGAAGACAAUUCAUGAGCUGGAUAAAGCAAAAAAGAUCGCUGAACAUGAAAAGACCGAACUUCAAAGUGCAUUAGAGGAAGCAGAGGUAUCACUUGAACAUUCAGAGGAGCGGUUGCUUCGAAUUCAGCUUGAAUUGACUCAAAUCAAGUCAGAGGUUGAUAGAAAGAUUGCUGAGAAAGAUGAAGAAAUUGAACAACUAAAGAGAAAUCACCAAAGAACUGUCGAGGCACUGCAGAAUACCCUAGAUGCUGAAAUAAGAAGCAGGAAUGAUGCCUUGAGACUCAAAAAGAAAAUGGAAGGAGACUUGAAUGAAAUGGAGAUUCAGCUGGGUCACGCAAACCGGCAGGCUGCAGAAGCUCAGAAACAUCUUCGGAACAUACAAGGUGUGCUCAAGGAAACACAACUGCAUCUGGAUGAAGCUUUGAGGAUUCAAGGCGACCUGAAGGAGCAGCUAAGCUCAGCAGAACGGAAAAGCAACCUCCUACAAGCCGAACUUGGAGAGGUUACAUUAGCUCUAGAGCAGUCAGACAGAGCUCGCAAAAUUGCUGAACAGGAAAUCUUUGAUAUCAGUGAACGGGUUCAGCUGCUUCAUACUCAGAACAUUAGUCUUAUCAACACCAAAAAGAAGCUUGAGACUGAUAUUUCUCAGCUUCAAUCUGAGAUGGAAGAUGCUAUUCAAGAAUCAAGAAAUGCUGAAGAGAAGGCCAAGAAGGCUAUCACUGAUGCUGCAAUGAUGGCUGAGGAGUUGAAGAAGGAACAAGAUACAAGUGCCCACCUAGAGAGAAUGAAAAAGAACCUUGAUCAAACCGUCAAGGAUCUGCAAUUCCGUCUGGAAGAGGCUGAGCAGUUAGCAUUAAAAGGUGGAAAAAAGCAGAUGCAAAAACUAGAGACUAGGAUACGUGAAUUAGAGAAUGAACUUGAGGCUGAACAGAAACGUGCAGCAGAGGCAAUUAAAGGAUCACGGAAAUAUGAAAGGAGGAUCAAAGAGAUGACAUUCCAGUCUGUGGAAGACCAUAAAAAUCUGAGUCGACUGCAGGAUUUGGUGGACAAAUUACAACUAAAAGUCAAGUCCUACAAAAGAAAUGUUGAAGAUGCUGAGGAGCAGGCCAAUGCUCACAUUUCCAAAUUCAGAAGGACACAGCACGAGCUGGAGGAAGCAGAGGAGCGUGCAGAUAUUGCUGAAUCACAGGUCAACAAACUGAGGGCUAAAAGCCGCAUUAUUACCACCAAGGUAAAAGACUGGGCUUAA